CUUCUGCAGAAUUUUUAUCUUUACUAUCCCAAAAAAGUACAAGUACACUUUUUUUUGUCUAAAUAUACUUUCUCUAAAGUUUUUUCCUACAAGUUUUAUAAUUUAAUUAUUAUUUUCUUCAAUUUCUUCAGAUUUAUAAUGAUUUUCUAUUUAUUUAGUUCUUGCUUUUUCCAUAAAAUCUAUUAUAUUUUAUUUCUAAAUUUCCUUAUUUUGUUCCAUAAUAUAUUUAACUAAUCCGAAAUUUGUAAAAUCAACAAUAGAUAUAGUUAAUAAAGGUAAUUAUGUUUUGUCAUAAACAUCGAAAUUUUCCAUAAAGUUUUAAUUUUUUUCAUUAAAAUAAUGUAUUACGAAAGCAAAUCUUUCAUAUUUUAGUUCUUCUUCUUUAUUAAAUAAAGCAGCUUUUUAAAAUUCUAAUAAAAUUUUUUCAUUAUCAUCUUCUUUAUUUAAAAAUAAAUUCACUUAUUUAUUUACUGCUCCUCCAAAAAUAUUCACAAAUUUUUCUUCUUAAAUUUCAUCGACCAAAUUUAAACAUUCUGUUUAUAAAAAUUCUGUUAUUUCAUUAAAGUUAGUUAUAUUUCCUUCAAAAAUAUGCACUUUCUUUUCCUCUUAAAAUUAAUUGUCUUUUAAAAACAUUAAAAAAGGUAAUUUAAGAUUUUCUUAGGCUAUUUUUGUUUAUAUUAAUUCUAAAAGUGCUAAAUUAUCUAUAUAUUUGACAUUUUUUAUACAUUCGGAUCUAAAAAGAUCAUAUUUUUAUUCUUAAUUUUAUAUCAUUUGGAAUAAUGUACUAUUAUUUGUUCCUAUUAAGACUCUUUUUUCAUCUUUUUAGUUCAAGAAAUUAUUUAUUUGUUCCUUAUUUUUAUAUACAUAUUAUAAUAUAUAUAUAUAUUAUAUAUAUAUAUAUAUAUAUAUAUAUAUAUAUAUAUAUAUAUAUAUAUAUAUAUAUAUAUUAAUUUUAUUACUUCAUUUUCUAAUUUAUAAAUAGUUCUGUCUAUAAAUUCUGAAAUAAAUUUAUAAAUAGGAUCAUAUUAAAAUUCAUCAUUUUAAAAUUAAAGAAAAUUAUAUUUAUUAUAAAUAACUAAGGAAUAAUUAUUUUAUAAUUGUAAAUUAUAUUUUUAUAUUGUUUAUUGGUUUUAUGAAAUAUUGGCUUUUACAAAUAAAACUGGAAAAUUUUUUCUUAGUUUCGAAUUUCGGAUAUAUUUUUAGCUAAAUCAGAUAAUAUUUAUUCCAUUUUUUCAUCUACUUGACUUUUUAUUUUAUAUAUUUUAAAAUAAUUUAAAAAAAUAAUUAUCUUUUAUUUUUACUUAUUAUAAAAAAGUACACAUGUGA